AUGACUCAGGAAGCAGAGGAUGGCGCCGCGAAGCGUAUCAGUUAUCAAGAGGAUCUCCUUACAAGCGUGCGAAGCCAGACGAGUGAGCUUUCCUUGGCGCAGAGGCAGCACAAAGAGCAGAUGCUCAUCUUUGGCACACAGCUCCAAGAAGUUCAAGCCUGCGUGGCUGCGUGCAAGACCGGAGCUAUAGCAUCAGAAGCCAGGAUGGAAGCAGUGUCGCAACAGUCAGAGGACACAUGUAGGAAGAUCAACAGAAUUGACCAGCAGCUGGCCAACCACGCGGACAAAGCGUUGCGCGUUGACUCGGAGCAGAUGGAAACUAUGCAGCUCCGCCUCGGGAUGCAGGAAGCUUCCCUUAGCAAGCUGGAGAACCAACUCAGUUUGUUCGAAUCGCAGAUCUCGAGCGUGGAUAUUGUCUUGGGCAAGAAGGUAGAAAAGCUUGAGCGAGAUGUGUCCACAAAUGAGGCUGAGCUCUCCACUAUGCAGGAAUGCCUAGAGGAUCACAACGCUCACCUGGUCAGCUUGGAUGAGCAGCGCUUGUCACUUGCUGCAAAAACGGCCCUGCAGGAGGACCAAGUGCAGAAGAUCUGGGCAGCAGUUGAGGGUUUGGAGAGCCAGGCACAUUUGAAACAUAAAGAAGUGCUUCACUUGUCGAAGGGCCUCAAGGAGCGUGGUUUGGCUGUUGAAGCGCUUCAGGAAGAGACGCAAGCGCAAGCCAUU